CCCGUCCCCGUUCCCGUCCCCGCUCCCCGUUCCCGUCCCAGCGCUCCCGGCCCGGCCCGCUCCCAGCCCGGCACCGCCAUGCGCAAGUUCUUCCAGGAGAUCAAGGCCGAUCUGAAGUUCAAGACGGCGGGGCCCGGGCAGAAGCUCUCGGAACCGUCCCGGGCCCCCAAGGAGAAGCCGAGAGCCGAGGUGGCCCCCAAGCCCCGGCAGCCCCCCACGGAUGAGGCGCAGAGGGCGGCGGCCGCGGCGCUGGCCCGGCUGGAGCUGAAGCCCAAGGGAAAAGCUCCGUCCUCGCAGGAGGCCAUCAAGAACCAGGUGAGGAAGGAGCUGAUGGCCGAGGCAGCAGCCGGCGACAAGGGGCUCCCCAUGGAGCAGAAGCAGCAGGAGGAGGAAGGGGCAGCUGCUCCCUCUGUCUCGGGGGUUUAUUUCAUCUGCCCCUUGACCGGUGCCGUAGUGAGGAAGGACCAGAAGGAAAAGCAGCUCCGAGAAGCCAUCCAGGCAUAUUUCUCCGUGGAUCCAGUGGCUGCUUCCAUCAUGGAGAUCCACACGUUCAACAAGGACCGGGAGAAGGUGCGGCUCUGCGUGGAGACCAUGGCCAAGUACCUGGAUAACAUCUAUCUCCAUCCAGAGGAGGAGAAAUACCGGAAAAUCAAACUGCAGAACAAGGUGUUUCAGGAGAGGAUAAGCUGCUUGGAGGGGACACACAAAUUUUUCCAGGCUGUCGGGUUUGAGACUAAAACACUGCCUGUUCCAGGACAAGAGACCACAGAGGAGUUCUAUGUGCUGAAGGAGGAGAUGCUGGGCAGGCUGGAGGAGCUGAAGGAGCACAAGGAGCAGCUGCUGAGCUCGGAGCCCGUGCGGGCGCAGCUGCACCGGCAGCCCACGCUGUUCCGGCCCUCGGCCGCGGCCGCGCGCUUCCAGCUGCCCCACGACUUCUUCAACCUGACCGCAGAGGAGCUGCGCAGGGAGCAGCGGCUCCGCACAGAGGCGGUGGAGAAGGCGGCGAUGCUCAGGACCAGAGCCAUGCGCGAGAAGGAGGAGCAGAGGGAGAUGAGGAAAUACAGCUACACCCUGCUGCGGGUGCGCUUCCCCGAUGGAUACAUCCUGCAGGGGACUUUUUAUGCCCGGGAAUCAGUAUCUGAGCUCUACAACUUUGUGAGAGAAGCACUCAGAGAAGACUGGCUGCCCUUUGAGCUCCUGGGACCUGGGGGUCUCAAACUGACUGAUGAGAACUUGGCCUUCAAUGAAUGUGGGCUGGUGCCCUCAGCGCUGCUGAGCCUGGCCUGGGACGCGGCGGUGAUGGCGCAGCUGGAGGCGGCGGCGGAGGAGCAGCGCAGCCCCCUGAGGCCAGAGCUGCUGGCCGGGGCCCAGAGCCUCUCCUGAAAUAAAGGGCAGUGCCUCAGUGCUGCUGGCUCGUCCCUCCUUUCCCCAAGACUGCUGCAGCUAGGUGAGCUCAGGGGUGGCUUUGGUGCAGCUCUCAGAGGGCUGUGGCCCUGCUGUCCCCUCCCAGCCCAGGCUCCUCUCCCCUGGGCUGCACUGGGAGCACUGGGAGCCUCCCAGUUGGAUCCUCCAGCACCAAACUGGGGCAGGGAGUGCCCGAGGUGUCCCAGGGCAGAGGUGGAGCAGGGAGUAGGGGCUGUUAGGCUGGACUAACAGCCUGAGCCUGGCUGUGGGGCUGGGUUUAGAACUCAGCUUGUCCUUGUGUGCACUCUCAGCUGCUGGGCACAGCUACACUCGGUCUGUUUAAAUGGAAUCACUGCAAGACUCAGCUCUGAUCCCACUUGUUUGUAGGUUUGAGAUGCCAAACCAGUCUGUGCUGGGGCUGGCACUGGUGUUACUGGGGCAGCAUCACCCCCCUGUCCCUGCACAGAGCAGAGCCUGGCACCAGGGAGCACCAGGGGGAAAUAACAAACCUCAAAUCCCUGACAAUCUCUUCAAGAACUCAGAACUCAGAACUCACCAGGCACAGAAAGCUGAAAACCUUUCAGGUUUGUUUGUGAAUCAUCAAGUUUGAUGCCAGCUCAUCCCUUAACACCUCAAAGUUUUUCUGUGGACAGAGCCCAGCUCUGAUGUAGACAGACUGAAAUUCUGGCCCUGACCUGUCCCAGAAUAAAAUAAACCAUACAUUUUUCCUUUUCCAAAGGUAAAGCCCUGCUGCUGUUCUCUGGAGCAAGUAAGACCACAAACAGGAUGGUACAAGAGCAUAAAUUCAUAUAUAAUUGUACAUCAUUUAUACCCAAGGCCACGCUGUACAACAUUAUGAACAGUCAUUCCCCAGUGGCAUCACAACAAAGCUUAUUCCAAAAUCCCUCAGCUGCUUUUAGAGAUAACUUAGAUACCUUCCAUUACAAAGAAGUAUCAAAAUUUCAAUAAUGCUUUAUUAAGGACAGAUUAAUAUGCAGUAUUUAAAAAAAAAAAAAGCUAAAAAAGCUAAAACUAAAAAUUUAAGCUUCCAUCUGGUCUGAAGCAGAACAAAGUGCUGUCUUCUCUUUACAAGAAAUGUGGAAUACUUUCAAGUAUCUUGGCCAAAGAUACACGAGGUUUAAAAUGUUCUAGCUCAUUCUACAUCCAUACAGAGGAGUUAGUAGCACUGAAGAGUCAGAUGGGAUUAGAGGGGCUGACCAUGCUGCUGUCCUGGGCAGCAGCUCCUGAGCCACUGGAUUCUGGAGCUGUGGAACCUGCAAAGGAGAGAAUGUGCUGGGUUUGUUUGGUGUUUAUAAAUAUCCUCAUUCAUCCAGUAGAAUUUGACUACUUUGUGUUUUAUCUGUCUCAGCUUCCUGCAUCUGUUGUGAGUCUCCUUUUCAGCACUAUUUAAAAACUGGUUUUAACACUGGCUUCAUAUUUAAUACCACCAAUCCAGAAUAAAAAAAAUCUCUUCAACCAUAAAAA